AUGCAAACAGUUUGGGUAUUUCUCCUAGUUCUAUGCAUAUUUAUUAUUAUUUUCUUGAAUCAUGACAAUUCUAAGUAUGAGGAAUCCAUUCAGGAAGUAUUAGACGAUGACAAAGAAAAAUUCAACACUAACAUAGACCAAUGUGUUCCAAACUAUACCUUCUAUGAGCAAAUGUUGAAGGGUGGCAGAGGUAAUCGGAAACAAAAACGAACUCCGCUGUUGUUAUUAGCCGCUUAUGAAUAUGUAGAUCAUGUAGCUGUUACUAUACAGUCUGAUGGUUGGUAUGGCCAAGACGUUUAUUGUCGCUAUUUAAACAAAAAUUUUGAAGAAAUCAGCCAACCUAUGCGAACCAAAGUUUUCCCGGAAUGGACAGUUAUGUGUUGUAAUCGAGACAAUGUUUCGUACAUGAGUAUCACUACUAAAGAAGAUGAUGACAUUGUACAACAUACUAAGUUAUUAUCGAGAAAACCACAAGACAUGAAAUAUGAACUAUCUGUGUGCUUAGCUCCCAUAUAUGGAAAUGAAACAAAAUGGCUUUUGCUAGCGGAAACAAUUGAGCAUUUUAGAAUACAACGUGUAGAUCAUUUUUACUUGUAUAUCAAAGAUAUUGAUAGUUAUUCUAGGCAGCUAGUAGACUACUAUGUACAGACAGGCAUAGCUGAAGCUAUAUACUUCGAAAACCGACAAGACAGACCGCGUUACGAAUGGCAUCUUACGGGAGUUCAGGAUUGUCUUCAGCGUAGUAAGUAUGAAUCACGCUAUGCAAUGUUCAUUGACAUUGAUGAGAGAAUAGUUACUAGUAAACCAAACGACUUAUUACAAGUUACAAGAAAUUUCUUCCAAGAUAAAAAAGUAGGAACGGUUACAUUCAGACCUCGAUGGAUAUUCCGAAACAAACCUCUUCCAGUGAAGUAUGAGGGAGAGAAAACCCUCCGCGAUCACCUUCCAACAUUAGUUUUCCACAACACUACUCACGUAUCUCCUCCUGGUCAUACGGUGAAAGCUAUUUUGAAUCCUAUUGCGGUGCUCUCUAUGUGGAUACACUGGCCUAUGCAUAUGUACCCUGGCUUUAAAGAUGUUGGCGUGCCUCCAGCUGUGGGAUAUAUUAGGCAUUAUCGAGACGUUUUCUCUGGAGAUUGGGGUAAAAAAUGGAUGCCAGAAACAUUGAAGUUCGGUAAACUUUCAUCGACGGACUAUCCGCCAUCCUUGAUGCCACGAUUAUUUGAUAAUGUUAAAAGACAUCUUGACCUCACAUACGGUGAUACUCUUCCUAACGGAUUCUAA